AUGAGCCCCAUACCUAAGUCAAACUUAAAACGAAUUCGCGAUAUUCUAUUAGCAGAUGAAAAUGGAAUUAAUAAUGAUGUUAAUGAUAGUCAAGGUUCUGAUUCAGAUAGUGACUCUGAUUUUCUUGCAACUGAAUCAGAUGAUACAUCUAAUAGUGAACAUAUAUCAGAAGAAUCUGAUUUAUCAAAUUCUGAUUUUGAGCAUGGUGAUGUUGUUACAGUUAGUCAACCAGAAACAUUAAAAAAGAACGGUGUCACAUGGUCUGGUCCUACUAUUAAAAUUCAGACAAUUCUUGAUGCUUUUAAACUUUUCUUUACAAAUGAAAUGCUUGAACUAAUUGUUCUUCAUACAAAUCUUUAUGCUAGACGAUAUUAUGAUAAAAAGAUUAGACCACGACAAGAUUCUAAUAACAUACGAUCAGAUUCACAUUUUUGGAAACCAGUUGAUCGUGUAGAAUUAGAACCUCUUAUUGGAUUAUUGAUUCAAUCUGGUGUACAUCGAAGUAAUCAUGAAUUACUUAAUGAUCUUUGGGACAUCCGCCAGAAAAACUACUCUUGUAGAUUUUUUUAA